AUGGAAAAGUCUACUUCAUUAAAUGGUAAUAAUGAGAAAAGUAAGGACGAGAUAUUAGCAGCUUUGAAAACUGCUACAACUUCAGUAUUUCUUCGCUCAACUCCAAUGCCAGAAAAUGCUAUGACAGUAAAAGGACCUGAUUUUAAUCAACAACUAUCUUUACAUGAAUUACUUGAUGUAUAUUGUCCUGCUCUCACUGAUGGUUCAUUGGGUGAUUUGAUUUAUUUUCAUACUUUUAAAAAUCCCGGGUUGGUUAUUGAUAUAGUAUCUGAUAUAAGAUCAAUAAAUCAACAAGCUGUAUUUGCAAAAAAAACUGGUGUCAUAAUUUUAGGACAAGAGUUUGAUGGAAGUGAUUCAGGUGCUAGACCUGACGAAGCUGUUAGUUGGGGAAAAAUCAGAACUGACGCCGAACAUGUUAAAGUUUAUGCAGAUGCCACAAUUGUUUUUCCACUUAUUGUCUCCGAAACUUUCGUCAAGGAAGUUCUGGAUUAA